AUGACUUCAUUUAUACCGUUCGCUUUUGUCUCAUCAUUUUUAAUUCACGCUAGUGACGCUACCCCGAUAAAUCCGUUAUCUACCAAUGAUAAUUCGAAUGAUUUAUUGCGUAAAGGACAUAGCGUCCAAGAAAUAAAUUCUUUAUAUAGUGUAGGAUUGUCCCUUUUACAAUUCGACCUUUUAUGUAUCUUGUACGUAUUCUUUAGAACGUUUAUGCGUGCAAAUAUGGAGAGUCGUAAGGAAAGAACCUUAUCGAUGACGCAUAGAUUGCCCUUUUAUAUGGCAAGCUCAGACCUCUUUAUUUACGCUUCUUUAACCGCAAAUCUAGUAAUUAUUUCUUUUGAUGAUAUUCAAGUUAUUUAUUUAAUCGUUUCAGCCAGCUUUUACAUUGCAUCCAUUGGUAACAUGCUAUUGGUUUGUGAGCUCUCCGUACUUAGUUGGCUAAGAGUUUGCAAGAAGACUUAUUUACAUCUUGGAAAGUUCGAUUAUAGAAUAUUCAUUGCACCUUUUUUCAUUCCAUUAAUAAUUACCAUCCCUGCAUUUAAAUCUUUUGGUUCAGAUGAAUAUUGGUGCUUUAUGCUUCAUGAUAAUAUCGUUUUUCGUGGUCUAUUGCUAUCAAUCUCUUUUACUGUCUUUACGAUAACGACAUUUUGUUAUAUAAGUAUUAUUUACGAAAUCAAAACUGUGGAAAUUAAUUGUGGAAAUCAUCACUUUUACCGUGCAACACGCAAAAUUAGCGCAUACUUGUCAAUGUAUAUUUUGCAAUGGCACGCCGAGAUGUACGUUUUCUUUGCUUGUACAGCUUUUAUCCCAAUCGGUGGAAUCCUUAAUGCUGCGCAAUACAUUCUUAACGAGGGAUGGUUUCAUAACGAAAUUCAAUCUCACGGCCUUUCACGUUGGUCACAACCAACGACACCAAAAUCUGCCAAUGCCCUACGUAUGCUUGGCGAUGAUGCAGAUGACCUUAAGAUGGAUAAGUUAAAGUCUAAAGUUAAUAAUAACAAUGUCGUCGACAUAGAAACUGUAGACCUGUCUGAACUAUGCAAUUUGGAAUCUCCUCAACCGGAAAAUUCUAAACGCAUUUCGAUUUCCUUCAAAAACUAA